UAACGAUAGAUCAGGCAUUCGGGUUUCAGGAGAGAUAUUAGCCAUAUAAGAUGGAGGCUAGCCUCGAACAUGUGAAAUUGAUGUAUACAGAUCGAUAUCAAUAUCACGAUCAAUUUUAAUACCCUAACUACAUUAUGUCUUCAACUGACAAUUGUACCUUGUCAACAUGUCCGCUCAGCAUGGCAUAUAUCAAUUACCUGCCUAAUCUUCCCGCAAAUGUGUUUUUCGUGGCCUUUUUCGGCCUCAUAACCGUCCUUCAAUUUGGUCUGGGAGUAUGGUAUCGAACAUGGACUUAUAUGAUUGCCAUGCUGCCGGGUCUUAUUCUCGAGGUUCUGGGAUACGUGGGGCGAAUAAUGCUACAUGAUAAUCCUUUUGACUUUAACAACUUCCUUCUUUACCUUAUUUGUUUGACUCUUGGACCCGCAUUCUUCAGUGCCGCUAUCUACAUCUGCCUGGGGAAAAUAGUUGUUAUCUACGGAGAGGACAUUUCUCGAUUCCGACCCCGAACAUACACAAGGCUCUUCGUCUCCUGUGACCUGCUAUCCUUGAUUCUCCAAGCAGUUGGUGGUGCCCUCGCUUCCUCCGCUGGUGACGGCGACACCAGCGAAAGCGAUACUGGUGUCAACAUCAUGAUUGCGGGAUUGGCUUUCCAGGUCUUCUCCCUACUCGUGUUCAUGGUCCUUGCUAGCGAAUUCGCUUUCCGGGUCCGCAAAAGCCCCAAGUCAGAGAAUGAUGACUUUACUAGCCUUCGCAAGAGCCCGAAGUGGAAGAUGUUUCUUUACUGUCUCGCUCUUGCCACUAUUACUAUCUUUAUUCGAUCAGUCUUCCGUGUUGCGGAGUUGCAGGGUGGAUUUUCCAGUGCCCUGGCCAAUAAUGAAACUGACUUGAUGGUGUUGGAAAGUACCAUGAUCUCGAUUGCGUGCAUUUGUUUAACGGUGGCUCAUCCGGCUAUUAUUGUCGGUCGCACUUGGGGUUCACUUUAA